UGUUAUAGGGUCUACUUCUCGCAAGAACAUCAGAAUACAAAAAAUCGUAUGGAUUCUUGCUCUUGGCCGGAGGGUUCACCAAGUUGUCGGAGCAAAGCCAUUAAAGAGCUUAUACAGUUGCCAGAAAGCUCCUAUUGUGUAGAAGAUCAAGCCUUGGAAAUGUUCGGCAACACCCUUUCAUUCAUGAGUAGUUACAGCGUCAACAAGGUCUCUAAGAUCCCGAUAAAUAAUAUACGUUCUUCUAAUUGUUUGGAUGAUCGGAAAGCAAUAGCCAAGGACAAAAUGGUUAAAACAGUGAAAAAUAGUAGAGGCUGCUAUAUCAGAAAGCGAUCAUGGACAUCCACAAAAGUAACUUCUUUGAUUGAUGAUGGACAUGUAUGGAGAAAAUAUGGUCAAAAGGAGAUCAUCAAUGCAAAACACAAAAGAAACUAUUAUAGGUGUACACACAAAUUUGACCAAGGAUGUCAAGCAACCAAACAAGUUCAGCAGACCGAACAUGAGCCUACAAAGUAUAAGAUAACUUACAACCGACACCACACUUGCAAUAAUUUCCUAAGUACCCCUCAAAUGAUUUAUGAUUCCAUAAACCUUGAGGAUACAUCAAUCCUUCUUAGUUUCGAAUCAAAUGGGCUUGUUGACAAGGAGCAAGUAGGCUCCCAUUUUCCAUCAUAUAUGCACGAUAAGUCAAAGGAGGCUUUGUCAUUUUCUGAAUUGACAGAUAACCAACCAUUGUUAUUUGAUUUUAGUCUACCAUCUAACCUUAUCGUGUCUGAUCACUCAGCACAUUCUUUAAUGUCGACAAGGCUAGCACAUGGAGAUGUGAUCUCAAAAGAGGUGUAUUCACCAAUUUUUGAGAUGGACCAGAUAUUUGAAACUAUUGAUUAUAGUGAAAAUCCAUUUGAUUUGGCUCAUUGUGAGCUCAUUAGUUUAAAUUAUUCAUAUAACGUAUAGCCUCUUUACAUAGAACAUAAAAAAUGUAAAUUUGUUGUAUGAAAUGAUCAG